AUGGAUUCUCUGAACCCUUACUGGUCGUCACAUUCUUAUGGGUCACAGGGUGAUUCCACAACGACGGGAACAGAUAUUUCUGAGGCGUUGGCUUCCCUUAGUUUGCCAUCUACCUUAGGGGACCGUGGCUUGAUGGGCAUGAACUAUGUUCAAGAUCGAGAAUGGACAGAAGAUGGCAAGAAUUACGACGCUACUUAUGGCUACUACAUUGGGUCAAUGAGCGCCACAAGUGGCUACAUCUCAGCCGAAAACAAUGCUAGCCCAUGGGAGGAGUCGGACAAAGAACGUCAGCCACCUCUAACGAAACUAUCAGAUGUCUACUUCCUCCGUUGGCAAGAUAUUGCUUCACGAAAGCAAUUGAGAAACCUCAAGUACUUUUUCCGGUUGCACGUUAUCAAUACACAGUCGAAAGCAAUUGCCGCGCAAGCUUUCGGAGGCGAGCCGGUGCCGCGAUGGCCGGGCAGAUCCUUUGAUCUUUCGACUGAUGAAGGACUUGCAAUCCUUGGAACUCCCAACGGGGCGGGAGUAGCUUGGUUUCUCAUCAACCACAAACCAGAAUUGGGAGUCCGGGCCCCAAACAAAGUCACGGUAUUCAGCACUCUUGCACAGGACGCAUACGGGCAGCCUGAGGAUUGGAUACACUUUUUAUUCUAUAUUGCCCCCGUAUCUAAUCCCUCUACCUGA